GGGAAAAUGGCGAGCGUUUGAACAGCUGAUCUCGAAAUCCUCGAUAUUUUUUUCUUGAUUUCCAUGAAUGAGGAUGUGUGUGCGGCGUAUUUUUGUUGUGAGAGGUUCUGCGUGGUUGCAAUAAGGAAGUUUCAUUGCAUAUCUGGCACAUAACAGAGGGAGGAAUGGUGCUGGCUGGACGUAUCUAUGGAGCACUUGAAGGAUACUGCAUCCGUACCCCGCCGGAAGUUCCUUGGAAGAUUUGCAGUGCCAGUGAAUAGCAGUGGUAGUGUGGGUCGAGGGAAGUUCUCUCCUCCCUUACUUUACGGCAAUGGUGUAGAGAAGGCUGGCCAGAAACCCACAGCUGUUGUUUCCCCUUCCAUGAAUCAUGAUUGCACCUUUGGGGACUCCUUCUGCAAUGAUGAUGUACUGGACGGUGUAUGUGAAAUUGAGGCCCAGUAUGUGGUCUCCUCGAAAAAAAGGCGGUCUUCUGUGCUGUUUUCCAGUGAUUCCCCUAAUCAAGGAAGGAAGCAUGGGAAGAGAAGAAGGACACAGUCAAAUGGUGGUGCAGAGAUGACAGUUAGUGGGAAGCAUUGCCCAUACCCUGGGGAUAAGGAGAAUGUCUUGGCUACACCAAUUGGGGCAGAUACUCUUGAGGCUAUAGAUGCUCUGGAUUUAGAUGAAGAUGCCUUCCCAGAUGAAGUCACUUCUCCUUUGCCUGAGCAAAGCACAAACAUUGCACAUAAACAUGGUACCAAGUGCACUUCAGCGAAGAGCAGAAAUAGUGGUAUCAGGAGCAAUGUUUUCUUGUAUAUCUCAUCCUUUGAAGGAAAUGUGACUCUACGAAGAUCCCAGAGAAUCAGAGUGAAGAGUGAAGAAGAGAGACACACACCCAGGGCCACCCCCAUCCAUGGGAACAAUGAUGGUGUUGUAGUUUGUGGCUCAAAAAACACCAUAGGCAAAAAAAGUCCAUGUGCCACACCUAAACGCAGAGGAAUGUCAAAGGAUGAGAUCGAUAGAGCAAGGACCAUAUUAAACACUACCAAAACUUCUGCUAGGCUGGUUCCAAGGCCAAUUGCAGGAAGUCCUGAGUCACACUUUAAAGAGAAACUGGAGAAAAAGAGUGCAAAAACCUUGAAUGGUGAUGCAACUAGAGGUAAAAGUGAAGUUGACAGUCAUGGGACACAACUGACUGAUUCCCCUGUCCCACAACCUGAUCAUAGAAAGAAAAGGGGUGGUGGAACAGUAAUCAUUAAAGAGAACAAAGAGAAAAAUGAAGGUAAGCAGGUAACACCUAAUGCCUUGUUGCAAUUAUAUAGAGGGAAUGAUUUUAAUGUUUCACCAAAUAACAGCUCAAGACAAGUAAAACUCACAGCUAAAAUGAAAGCAGCAGUUAGUGAACAGAGUCCUUUAGAAAUGGAAGGAGAGAAGAGUGGUGGCUCUUCACCUGGUAGAAAGGCUCAUGAAAAUAAAGCACACAACACCUCAAGGCAAAGUCCAGAUAGAUUGUUAAAACCUUUUAAGGAGAACAAAUGUGAAAAUGGCAAAUCUACCAAACCCCCAGGAGAAAAUUGUCAAAGUUAUGUUGGGUCUGGAAUCACAGGAGAAGUGAAACAGCCUGCUAGAGAUUGUGCCCAGGCAUCUACAGUAAAAUAUCUAUCUUUGGACAAACCUGAAACUGUUUUUCAUAUCCAAGAUCCUGAAGCCACAGCACCUCCUGUGCUAUUAAAAGACAACUCUCCUCCUUGUGAAGCAAAAGAAUUAGAGAGAAUAUCUGCAGUAAAAGAACCUGUAUCUCCAGACUUCCACAUUGUACAAGCUAGUCCAAGACCCAAGACAGCACUGAGGUCUCCGUUUGCUGACUCCAAGAAUAUGUCGAGCUUCAUUUCCACACAGGCAAAGAUGGAACUGGCAUCCUGGGGUUUGCCUGAAGCUGUCUUGGAGCGUUAUGUAAACAAUGGAAUCCAGACAAUGUUUCCUUGGCAAGCAGAAUGCUUAAGUUUGCCAGAGGUACUAAAUGGAAAAAACUUGGUGUAUUCUGCUCCAACUUCAGCAGGCAAGACGUUAGUGGCAGAGCUCCUACUACUUAAGCGGGUAAUUGAAACUGGAAGAAAAGGGGUGUUUAUUCUGCCCUUCGUCUCAGUGGCUAGAGAGAAGAUGUAUUACUUGCAGAAAAUGUUUGGUGUGGUUGGUGUGCGCGUCGAGGGAUUCAUGGGCUCGCAGGGUCCUCCAGGGGGUCUACGUGCCACAGAUAUUGCUGUCUGCACAAUUGAGAAGGCAAACAACCUAGUCAAUCGAUUGCUAGAGGACCAGCGCAUAAAUGAACUGGGCAUCAUUGUGGUGGAUGAACUGCACAUGCUGGCAGACUCCCACCGUGGCUACCUCUUAGAGCUGCUCCUUACUAAGGUCAUGUACGUGUCCGACAGUCUCAAGGAUGGAAAGCAGGGUGCUGAUGGAGAAUCAGGAAUCCAGAUUGUAGGCAUGUCGGCAACUCUCCCCAACCUGGAUCUCUUAUCGCAAUGGCUGAGUUCACAGCUCUACAGCACUGAUUUCCGGCCCAUCCCACUCCAGCAGAUGGUGAAGAUUGGCAAAGCAGUCUAUGAUUCCAGCAUGACAAGAAUUCGAGAUUUAGAUCCUCUAUUGACUGUUCAGGGAGAUAGUGAUCACCUCAUACAGCUGUGCCUUGAAACGGUGCUAGAUGGCCUCUCAGUCCUUGUGUUCUGCCCCACCAAGGCAUGGUGUGAAAAGCUAGCUGAGGCAGUGGCAAGGGAAUUCUUUAACAUAGGAAAGGCUGAUAGUAAGUACCCACCAGAAAUUAGCAUUCGGCUGCGAGCAUCUCUAGACUCUGAUGGCAUAGCUAGGGUCAUGCAGGCCAUGCGCAAGUGUCCAGUGGGCCUGGACAAUGUUUUAGCUCGCUCCAUAGCUUUUGGAGCUGCAUACCACCAUGCAGGACUCACAUUUGACGAGAGGGAUAUUAUAGAGGGAGGCUUUCGCACUGGCUCCAUUCGCGUCCUCAUCGCAACCUCAACAUUGUCCUCCGGGGUCAAUCUUCCAGCACGUCGUGUCAUCAUUCGAUCUCCAGUGUUUGGGGGGAAGAUUCUUGACACACAGACCUACAGGCAGAUGAUUGGCCGAGCAGGAAGGAAGGGGGUGGACACAGAAGGAGAAAGUGUCCUUAUCUGCCGUGAAGGAGAGCAGCAGAAGGCCCAAGUGCUUAUGACCUCCUCCCUGCCUGCAAUCACCUCCUGUCUUCAACAAGAUGCAUCACUAACCUCUAGCAUGAAAAGAGCCAUAUUAGAGGUCAUAGUGAGUGGCAUAGCAACUAGCCCAGAGGAGGUUGAGCGUUACAGCAAAUGUACUCUCCUAGCAGCCUCCUUAAGGAAUGAAGCAAGUUCCUCUCAAGCAAACACCCAGAACUCAAUUCUCAGUUGUGUUGAAUUUCUUGAGGAGAAUGAAUUCAUUAGACUACAAGAAGUUGACGGCAGCACCCGUUACACCAGCACUCAAUUAGGCUGUGCUGUUCUGGCCUCUGGCUUGUCACCUGAUGAAGGCCUCCAUGUCUUCAGUGAGCUGUACCGGGCCAGGAAGUGUUUUGUCUUAGAAAACGAACUGCAUAUCAUCUAUCAGGUGACACCUGUGUAUGUAAGUUCUGCAUGGCCGAACAUGGACUGGCUUACAUUCCUGAGCAUUUGGGAGAGCCUUAGUGAGGACAUGAAGCGUGUUGCAGAAUUAGUUGGUGUGGAGGAAAGCUUUAUUGUGAGGGCCAUGAAGGGAACAGUCAACAGGAAGGUGAGGAGACAGGCAAAACAGUUAGCUGUUCAUCAGCGCUUUUACACGGCGCUUGCUCUUCAUGAACUGGUGCAAGAGGUCCCCCUGAAUACAGUGGCACGGAAGUACGCAGCCACUCGAGGAAUGCUCCAGUCACUUCAGCAGUCGGCUGCCACCUUUGCAGGCAUGGUCACAGUCUUUUGCAAUCGCCUCGGCUGGCACAGCAUGGAACUCUUGCUUGCCCAGUUCCAGGACCGGCUUCACUUUGGCAUCCAGCGAGAGCUGUGUGACCUUGUGCGACUGACACUCCUCAAUGGGCAGCGUGCCAGAGACCUCUACAAUGCCGGGCUGGAGACGGUUGCUAGGGUGGCCCAUGCCACGCCCCGUGAGGUGGAGGACAUCCUGACAGCUGCAACGCCAUUUCACAGCAACAAAAUGGGGGAGGAGGAAUGCCGCAAAGGGGGCACCAUCUGGCUGUCAUCGGGACAACCACUAACAGAAGCUCAAGCAGCAGUACUCAUUGUCAAGGAAGCGAGGAUGCUUGUUCAGAAAGAACUUGGUAUUACUAACAUUGACUGGACACAGAAGACUGAAACUUUUACAACCCCUAGCAGGAACAUGACUGUAUCACAAGGUGGCUCUGACACUACCAGGCGCAGUGUGUCAGGUGUAAAAAGUCGAAAUUCAAUCUCCCCAAAUCUUAUCUUGAGGUCUGAGUCAGUCCUUGGAAAAAAUACCCUAGCCUCAAGGAUUGUAGAAGGUGGUGUAGAGGAAUCUGUGACACCCAUGCGGAGGAGCAAGAAAAAACGGAUAUCCCCAGCAACAAGGGUCCUGCGAAGAAUGUCAAAAUCUCCGCAAAUGGACCUUAACUUGAAUAGAAACAUGAAGAAGAGACUUGUAGGUGACUUGAAUGAAAAGCAAAAUAGGAUGAACUGUAGUGAUAACUUACCUGAACAGAAGACCUCUCAUUUUGAGACUUUAGGCCAUACUUCUACUUAUAAUUCCAAAGAUAGUAGAGAAAAAUCAAACCAUCAUUCUAGUAUUGUCCACAAGAAUGAUGGAAUAAAUGAUCAGUAUAAACCCAGUACAGUAAGUAGUGAUAUCAUAACAGAGUUAUCACAUAAGGAGAAGGAGAUUUCUCAUUCAGGUGAGAAAAUCCAUUUUAGCAAAUUUCUAAAAGUCCCGAAGAUAAAUGACAGUGUUGAGAAGAGACGGGAGGUCACACAAGACCAACUAGAAUCUGAGACCAGCACUAACAGACGUGAAAGGAAGGACCUGAAUGGAAGGAUAAAGAACAGGAGAUCUGUUGGAGAAGAAGCAGCUGAUAGUGCAGUACAGGAAACGGGAAAGGGAGAGAAGAAGACAGAAGUAAUAGCACAAGAGGAGACUGGAAAGAGCUUUGUGACAGGCUGUAGUGAAUUGGAAAAAAGAGGCUCUGUUCAAAAUAAUGAAGCAGAAGCAGCACAAGAAGAUAUGAAGAGGACAGAGAUAAGCAAAGUUAAGAAUUCAGUAGAGAAGAGUGAAAAUAGAGAAACUGCUAAGAGUGGGAGGGUAAGAUUAACCACUGAUGGAGCUGAAGGGCCAAAGAAUCCCAAAAAGAAGCCAUCGUCAAUUGCAGGGUUUCUGUUUGGUAAGAGCAAGCCUAGACAAAAGGAGAUAGAAGCAAAUGUAAAACAGACAGUUGAUAAGAGUGAUUCUUUCUGUAUUCCUGAAUCCCAGGAGGACAAAGCUGAUAACCUCUUCUCUCCAAAACGCAGACAAAGAGUUCCUUCAAAAGAGAAGGAGGCUCAUAUUACCAGUGUUUGUGUAGAUCUUGAGAAAUUACCAAAAAGUGUACCCAUAAAUAAUGUUGUUGAUGAUACUGGGAAAGUACCCCUGAUUAGAAUAGCUAAUGAAAAGCAUAUGGAAACCAAUAGAGAGAGUGGAAGGGGAAAGAGCACUGAUGUGAACACCAGCACACCAGUGGUAGAACGCCUCAAGACUACAUUAGCUGUAUGUGCCACAACUCCCAUAAGUGAUUCUUUAGAUGGAAUAAUAGCCAAUUUAAGCUUCAAUGAUUCACAGGCCAUGGAAGAAAAUGGCAAUACAUUUAAGGAUGAAAGUGACCUUUUUAGGGAAAGUGAUGUUAGUGAGGUGUCUGAGGAUGCAGGAAAGUUUGAGAACAAAAUCUGUGCUGGAGAGAAACAUCAGAGAGAGACCUUAGAGGAGGAGAAGCAGCCAAAUGUGGAAAGCCAUCUAAUUAAUGACAGUAUUGGUCUCCUCUCAGAAUCACAGAAAGACAAUUUUUUCAGAACAUUGGGCUCCCAGGAUUUUGAUGUCAAUGAGCCUGAAGAACACUUGGAAGAUAUCCUAUUAGCUUACAACAGCAACAGGCAACAGGUCAUAGAUGAAGAAGAAAUGGAGAUAGAUGAGAAAGGAGAGGGAGCAGUGCAAGAGUGUUUUUCAGUAUUAUUUUCAAAUGAUUUAAUUAAGAAGAAGAAAACAAUUGUAUCCAUAGGUGUUAGAAAUCAAAAUCAGGCAAAAUUUACAACAUGUAAUACAAUCUUGACAACAAAAACACCCUUGGAUGCCGUAAAUAAGAAGCAAAAGAUUGAAACCCCAAUGUACCAGGCAUGCUCAGAAGAACUUGAUUUUGGGUUUGACUUGAGUCAAACAGAAAACAAAGCUCCCCCAGAGUCAAAACGAAAUAUUGUUGAGAGUCAUCUUAACACCAAUAAAGAUGGUUCUUAUCUAAAUAUCUCACCUAAGAUAAUCCCUCAGGUAGAGCCGAGUUCAAAGAAGUCUUUGACUAAACAGAGGGAGACUCACGAUGCAGCUCAUAUUUCACUUUCAGAAGAUGAGGUGCUAAAUCUUGAAUUUGGGGAAUUUGACCAAAAUGUUUGUGAGGUGCUGGAAGAGGAUUUGGGUGAAAAUGUCCACAGAGGAGAUGAUACACUCUCUGAUUCCUUCUUGGACCAAGCAUUUGAGAGUUAUCUACACCUUUCAUCAAACAGAGAUGAGUUGGAAGAAAACAUGGGUUUACAAGGAGUCGCUGAAUAUGCUGCAUCAGGGGCUAGUGGUGAAAAUGAAGAGUCUUCAAAUGUUCUGGAAAAGAAUUGUCUUGGAGACACAUUCGGGGAACUAAACAUGACACCAGGCACAGAGGCACUGCUAGAUGGCUUGGUGGAUAGCCACUAUAAAAAGUCUCAAUGCAGGAAGAGUGUUCUUGCAGAUUCUAAGCAGACAGGCAAAGGGAGACUCUCAGAUGACCUUUUUGCCACCCCCGUCUCCCCUGCACCAAGGAGGAGGAGUCAGAAGGAAUGUACAGGAGAUAAAAAGAAGGAUGGCAAAAGGGGUAAGAUGGAAGAUAAGACCCACAGACUUCAAGAACCUGAGGAUUCUGAAAUGUCAUCAUCAGCUGGGCCAUCUAAUAUUGUGAAGGAAAAUGGGAAGAAACAGGAAUCAGUAGGCAACAGAUAUUUGGAUGAAGGAGGGCCUUUAGACAGUGGGGGAACAGUGACAAGAUCUCUGAGCAUCAUUAAUGUUGUAAACAAUAGCAAACUUUUUGAAUGUUUCAAAAAUGAAUGGAGUGAGCAGAAGACUUACUCUAUUGCCCUGGCUUGUGAAAAGGCACCAUCCCAGCAGACAAAAGGAGGAAUAGGCUGGAAAGUGACAGGACAGAGCCGUACCCCACGACGGAGCCAGCGGCCACUGGAGAAGGAGGUAGCAGGGCUGGUGGUGGAAAAUACGGGGCUUCUGCUUGUGGGAAUGGCCAUCUGUUGGGGUGGCCGUGAUGCCUACUACAUCAACCUAAGGACAGUGCAAGAGGAGGCCAUUAGCUGCAGCCUGCCCACUCCUCCCCUCUUGGAAGCAGUGCCUUUGAAGAAUCGCAUUGAAGUUAUCAGAGAGGUCAUUACAAAAGCAGUAGCAGGAUCAACAGUGCGAAUGUGGGAUGCCAAGACCUGCGUGAGGCUUCUGGCUGCAGCUGGACUGGGGAUCUUAUUUACUCAGACAGAAGACCCGAGGGUGGCAUCGUGGAUGCUUGACCCAGGGGCCAAAGAGCAGAAUCUUUAUAACAUGGUAAUGACCCAUGACCUGGAGAGCUUACCACUGCUUGAAGGUGUUGGGAGUUCAUGGGGCCUUGCCAGCUUAGGAGUACAUGACAAGAAUCCUGGGUCCUGCAGAGUCCGGGCGGCCACAGAAGCCGUUGUGGUAUAUCAUCUGAUGCAUGAGAUGAGAUGCCAGCUGGAAGAGAUCGGGAUGCUGCAGGCCUUUGAGGAGGUAGAGAUGCCAAGUGUGGUGACACUAGCAUGCAUGGAGAUGACUGGAAUGGGCUUCAGUAACCUGGAAUGCGAGGCACAAAAGGCAAUCAUGCAGAAACGCAUGUCUGAACUGGAGAAGGAGAUGUAUUCCCAGGUGGGUCAUCCCUUCUCCCUCACCUCUCCAGACGAAGUGAGUCAGGUGCUGUACUGCGAGCUGCGCUUACCUUUACCUGCAGGAGCUUCAUCCCAUAGUCUAGAUGAGCUUUCUGAACUGAAGAACCCAAGCCUUACUGACUCACUUACUGUCUUUGAAGGGGAGGGCGUGGACGAGGGAGGAAGAGGUGGGCGUGGCAGCAGGACGAGUGGGCCGACAAAUAAAGAGACACUUGAGAAACUGUCACAGCACCACACACUACCAGCAAAGAUUCUCGAGUGGCGGAGGAUUAGUUCUUCUCUUACCAAGAUCCUAUUUCCUCUGCAACAAGAACGAGUUUACAGCCCUAGCUUGACCAUGGACCGCAUACACACCUCCACGCACACCUUCACUGCAACUGGCAGGGUCACCAUGCAUGAACCCAAUCUACAGAAUGUUCCCAAAGACUUCAAUAUCCAGGUGGCUGUUGACUCAGGAGAAGCGAGAGGCCGGGGGAUGCGAGCCCAGCAGAGAGCACUGGCUAAUUCAGCAAUCAUGAGUCAGUUAGGCCCUCUCUUGGAGAGCGAGCAUGAGGGACACACAGUCAGUCUGCGCCAUGCUUUUGUUGCCUGUCCUGGCAGCUGUGUGCUCCUGGCUGCUGAUUACUCACAGCUGGAACUGCGACUGUUGGCACACCUGGCUUCAUGUGAGAAACUCUUGCGUCUGUUGAAUGGUGGCGAGGAUGUGUUUGCCAGUAUCGCUGGCCAGAUCCACAUGGUUGAACCUGGUGAUGUCACGACAGAGUGGAGGCAACAGGCUAAGCAGAUCUGCUAUGGCAUGCUUUAUGGCAUGGGAGCCCGGGCCCUGGGAGAACAGCUGGGUGUUGAUGAGAAUGAUGCCCAGACCUUCAUGGACAGGUUCAUGGGGCGGUUCCCAGGUGUUAGGCGGUUCCUGCAGGCCACAGUGGAGGAAUGCCGAAAGAAAGGCUACGUCCUCACCUUAAUGGGUCGCCGGAGGUACUUGCCCAACAUCAAUAACCAGAAUGUACAUGCAAAGGGGUCCCAGAGUGAGCGGCAAGCAAUAAACACUGCCAUCCAGGGCUCAGCAGCAGACCUGGUGAAGCUGGCCAUGGUGAGGAUUGCCAAAGCCCUUAGACAGGCAUUCCCCCGGGCCCCAACUCACCUCACGCAGCCGACCAGUCAUGGCCAGGAGAUUUCUGGGGCAUUUCUCGUGUUGCAGUUGCAUGAUGAGCUGGUUUAUGAGGUGGUGAGUGAUGAUGUGAUCCAGGUGGCUCAGCUU